AUGGCCUUUAACAGCUUUGGAGCGUCCAAUCUCGCGGGUGGGAGUGCGCCAGCGGAGCUGGGCCCGGAGCUCUCUGAGGUCUACACUGAUAAAGUUGGCUUCAAGGGCCUCAGCGGCGAUGCCAACAUCCGGCUACUUCCCACGCCAUGGCCUAGCGAUGCGCUUCCUUCCCCAACCUCUUCCCUCCUGGCUGUCGCGCAGACCAGAUGUGUCAUUGUUGGCGCUGGUCCCGACUGCCUUGUAGUCGCAAACACCGAUUCAGCCCGACAGUCCAUUGAGGCACCUGCUGGCAAAGACAAAGUGAAGACGAAGCCUUUCGAACCGCAAGCAAAGAUUCCUCUCCCUGCGCGCCCUACACAUGUGGCAUUCACCGCCAGCGACGACGCGUUGAUCCUAGCCACCGAGAAUGGUUCUCAAAUCUCGGUUUUUCAAACAACAGACCUCAUCACCGGAAAUGCGCAACCCGCCAUAUCGAUCCCAACAAAUGGCGCCUCUCUCCGCGCCCUGGUGCCUAACCCGGAUCACAACUCUACCUUUGUUGCCAUGGUCACUGUCAAUGGUGAACUUUUGAUUGCUGAUCUGAAGUCGGGUUCAUUGGUGAACGGGCCCAACGGACCUAUUUUGAAGAAUAGUGUCAGCUGCGUUGCAUGGAGUACGAAGGGAAAGCAGGUCAUUGCUGGACUGGCUGAUGGAACAGCAGCCCAGAUGACACCGGAUGGUACACAAAAGGAUCAAGUUCCCCGGCCCUCUGAUCUGGAGGGUGAUUGUCAUAUCUCAUCUGUCGCAUGGCUUGAGAACGACCUCUUUUUUAUGGCCUACACCCCUAAUUCCGCAGAAGAGGAUAUGUCUUCCUACUAUAUUCUCACAAGACGCAAGCAGGCGCCCUUUUUGAUCCAGAAGUUGCCCGAAGUUUGCCCUACGAUGGGAUUCCAGAUGAGAUACACGGCGGCGUAUCAAUUUGUUGUACGGCUUCGAGAUUACAAGCCCCAUUUGAAGGAUGCCUUGAUUCUCUCAUCAACAAGGUCUCCUGAUCUCAGUAUCAUCGUUCGCUCCGAGCAAUCGCUGGCGAGUGAUGACCCUUCCCUGGCGAAUCAGUUCGCCGUUGUCGAUUUCAGCGACGACACAAAACGAGCAUCAGUUCCACUGUUGGACGACGGCGGUGAAACCUCUGUUAUCGGCUUUGUUCCUGAUCUGUCGUCCAGCACAAACGUCAUCAUGCCCAUUCAAGGUGCAGACAUCAACGAGAGCUCUACUCCUUUGCCAGGCAUAUUCCUCCUCAAUAAUGAAGGCAUUCUGUCAGCCUGGUGGUUUAUUUAUAACGACGCAAUCCACCAGCAGGUUGCCUACUCUGGCCUCGCCGCCACUGGUUCAGGACCGGAGGCGUCUUCCCUGGCCCAGCAGUCUACCCCUCCCCCUCCUACUCCUGCGCAAAAACAGCCCGAUUUUGGUCAGUCAUCCUUCGGCGCUCCGUCAUUCGGUGCAUCUGGUUUCGGCAAGCAAUCUGGGGCUCUGGCUUUCGGCAGCCCUUCUAGCAUGGGAGGCUCAACCAUGGGUGCCACAGCGUUUGGAAAGCCAUCUGGCCCUUCCUUUGGAAGCCCCUCUCCUAUGGGUGGUGGCUCUGCUCCGGCAUUCGGGCAGCCAUCAACCCCAGGGCCGGCGUUUGGUGCUCCCUCUCAACCGGCACCAGCCUUCGGAACCGCGAGCACGCCUGGACAGCCCGCAUUCGGUAAACCGGGCUUUAGUGCAGCGGCCUCUCCGUUCGGUACACCGGGAAAGAGCCUACUAGGGACAGGUACCGGUUCCUCUGGCGGCGGUUUCAGCUCAUUCUCAGGCGGAGGCGGAGGCGGUUUCGGUAGCUUUGCGUCCAACAAGCCUAGCGAAUCGCCCUUCUCAAAGCCUUCGACUGGUGACAGUGCUUUUUCGAAACCCGCGGCAGCUUCGCCCUUCGGAGCCCCUUCUCAGACUGAUUCAACCUUUACUCCCAAGCCUGCCGAGGUUAAGAAUCCCUUUGGUGCUAAUUCCGGGUCAAGCGGCUUUGUUCUUGGGUCUUCCUUCAAGAGUGAUGGUACGGCUGUCAAUGAUGGACCCAAGCCUGAUAAGCCGUCCUCGGGUGCCUUCUCCUUUGGCAACGCGCUUGAUGACAUGGUCUCGUCGUCUAAUAAGGCGAGUCCUCAAGCAGAGUCUAUGGAUGACGCAGAGGACACCGGUACGCCCGAGCAGCCCAAACAGGAGGAGCCGCCUAAGUCGUUGUUUGGCGCGCCCAGUAAAACGUCGCAGCCGGCGAAGACAGAGACUACUUCGAUGUUUGGUGCCCCAAGCCAGAUAGAACAACAACCAGCUAAGACAGAGCCCAAGUCACUGUUUGGCGCGCCCAGCAAGUUGGAGCAGCCGGUGAAGACCGAGCCAAAGUCACUUUUUGGUGCCCCUAGCAAACCAAAUCAGCCCGCUAAAACUGAGCCAACUUCAUUAUUUGGGGCGCCCAGCAAACCGGCCACUCCUCCGACCUCUCUCUUCGGUCAAUCUUCACCCGCUGCCCGAUCUAAUCCCUUCGGACAGCAAAAUGAGACAAGUCUCCCCUUUGGUGAGAAGAAGCAGACCGAGACGAGGCAAUCCAGCUUCUCGAUGUUCGGCAACAACACAACCACCACUAGCCAAACUUCCUCUCAAAACCAGGUCACCAGCCCUCUGUCUGCGCCGUCAGACAAGACUGAGACUCCAAAGAGAGGAGAGAGAGAAGAGUCUGUCACAACGCCGACAGUUUCUUCCUUCGAAGCCCCAUUGCCACCCGAUUCUACUAGUAGGGAUCCUUAUGCUGCUGGUGAUACCUCAGCUUCAUCCAACGUGUCUAAGAGCUCCGUGGACGACGCACCCCUUCCCCCUGACUUCAUAUCUAAGAAGUCUUCGCCCGAAGAGAGCGAUUCUCCACUCCCUCCUGACUUCCUGGCACAAAAGAAGACCAUUUCCAAGAUGGACGACGCUCCUCUACCUCCGGACUUUGUGACCAAGCCCAAGAAAGAGGAAAGCCCGCCUCCAGUCCCCGAAGAGGCACCCCUCCCUCCGGAUUUCACUGCCACAAAGAUUAAGUCUGAACCCGAGAGUGAAGAUGAGGACGAGGCUGUUCCAGUCCCAGACGGCUCAGAUGCGGAUUCUGAGGAAGAAGCAGAUGAGUCUGAUUUCUCUGACAGCGGUGAAGAAAUUACUCAUGAUGAGACCAAUGAAGUCAAGAUCCCGAGCCCGAAGCCUUCCGCUGGAAGUUCAUUCGGCGGGUUCUCCGACAAGAGCACUACCGGAGGACUCUUCAGUAGGAUCCCCGAAGCUGCACCCAAGCAGGAUCAACCUCCACGACAGCUGUUCGGUGAAAUUCCCAAGCAGCCACUUCUCCCUCCCCCUGGACCUUCUGCACGAACUGGUCGUGAACCCUUCCGUUCCCCCAGCCCUACUCGUGUCAACUCCCAGAAGAAUGUUUUAUUCUCCAAGAACCAGAGCCGGCCUGAAGCAGGAAGUGCUUUGACCUCGCGCAAGGCUUCCUUGACCCAGAUGGCUCAGCGUGGAGGACAGCUGCGAAAGCCUAGUGAUACUGCUCGCCAGGCGCAUGCUCGCGCUCAGGCUCUCGCGCAGCGACAGGAAGAGGAAGAGGCUCUUUCCCUGUCGGAUGACGACGAGGAUGAGAGACUUCGUGCUGACCUUGCUCGUCCUGUUGAGCCUGUGUCCACUCUUGACCCAUUCUUGCCCCACCAGGACUACAUGGGCGAGACAGCCAAGCCUGGCAUUGCUGGUAUGAUUGAGCGUCUCUACCGGGAUAUCAACUCCAUGGUUGAUACAUUGGGUAUCAAUGCUCGGUCAUUGGAAUCCUUCCUCCUUUACCAGCAAUCUGCUGAGACCUCCGACGCGGAUGACUGGGUGGAUACGCUGAAAGGCGAUCAGCCUGCCGAUAUUCUGGACGAAAAGGUCUGCUUGGAAGAUAUUGACAAAUUGGACUACAUCAUCAUCUGUCUCAAUCAAUCUCUCGACGAACAGCGUGUACAGGGAGUGGAGGAGAAGCUGGAGCAAUGUCGCGACAUGCUUACCAAGGACAUUGUCACACUGCGUGGUCAAUGUGCCAGCAUUCGCAAAACGCUUGACGCACACACUGAUACCGGCUCCAUCCUGACAGCACCUCUGUCUGCCGAGCAGGCCGCCCUCCAGCACGACUUGCGAACUGCAUUCACGCAAAUCCAAGCUAGGAUGGCCGAUCUCGAGCAGGGAGUCUCCCUCCUGCGAGCCAAGAUUGCCGACAUCCCUCGCCCUGACGGCUCAGGCAGCGGCCGCAAGCGUCCUACUGUUGAAGCCGUGUCCUCAACCAUUGCCACAAUGAUGAGCAUGGCCGAGGGCAAGAGUAGUGACAUUGAUGUCCUCGAAGCUCAAAUGCGGAAGCUCGGUAUCGACCUCAACUCCUCUUCCGCCUCUGCCAGCCGUGAAGGGUCUCCCUUCGCGACACCACGGAAGAACAACGGUCUGAUUCCUGCCACCCCUGGCUCGCGCGGCUCCAUUGAUGGUAGUGCAUACCACACACCCGAGUCUGCAUCCCGCGGAGUCAACUUCCGAGCCAGUGUCAAUGGAUCCGCGAAGCACAGCCGCCUGCGCAGCGUGGAGCUCGUCGGGUCAAUCAGUGUUCAAGAAGACAUUGCUCAAUGGAAGAAAAAAUCUGCUCAUCGGAAGCAACUAGUCGCGAGCCUGAAGGGUGCGAUCGAAAAGAAACAAAACAAGGUUCGCAGCGUGGACUGGUAG